CAGGACGUCCACAGUGCCGCAAUAUGGACACUUUGCUGUAGAAUCACUCCAAGGCUCUGUGUCCUUCGGCACUGCUCACUGUCUUCCCACGCUCCGGAAGCAUAUUCCAUGCGUUCAUAAGUUAAUUACUUCCAGACCCCAACUUCACGAAUUUGCUGUUUUCUGUUACUCAAAACUGCUCCUUGACGAAAAACUAAUACGUUCACGAAACACGAGUCAACGACAUGUAUGUUCCAUUCAUCACAUCGAGGUCCCCUAGAUUGGGGAAACGAGAAUUAUCACCACGAGCAGGUGGAGGUGGUGGUGGUAGAGGGGGUGGUGGUGGGGGGGGAGGGGGAAGAAGCGGGGGCUCUGGUGGAAGCUCUGGUGGAAGCUCUGGUGGUAGUUCUGGAUCUGGGAGAUCCUCACCAAUCUCGACUGGAGGUACUCCUCGAUCGGCAACCCCUUUUGGUGCAGGUGGAGGUCCUGUUACGAAGAUUCCCUCAGGUCAACUGUUUUCUGGACGUGACGUUGGUGGUGGAACGCGGAGUCAAGUCUAUGGAACGAGCCAGUAUGGGAGCGGUUAUCCUGGCAUAGCAGGCCGUGGCGUCGCUAAUCGAGGGUUCCCAUUUUUCUUCUGGCCGCUCGCCUGGGGAGGUCUAGGUGUAGGCGGAGCUGCGUACUUGCACAAUAAUGAGUACGGCAGUCCGGACAAUUCGAGUCGUCCAGGAGGUCGCAUGAUGACCGCUACGUUUGCCUCUUCCACCUCCAACACUACAUUCCACCUGGUUGCAGAUGAUGAGACUGUGGUAGACCUUAUUGAAGAUGUUAGGAACGGAUGUUCCUCGCGAAACCUUGCCGCAGACAAGUCUUCGACGAGCCCAAGUUCAUACAACGACACAGAUCCGAGUUCACCAAAGCCCGAGAGUGCAAUCCAGUACUACCGCGCGAGCAGCGUCGCUCUGACGUUGGAUGGAUACAAUAAUUCUGCUGCGUUGUCGGGGACUGAAGGGCAACCGGACACUCCCCUUCCCUCGAACAUCGAUACCACGCUCAAAGAUUGUCUGAACCAGACAAUUGGAGAUGCUGUGCCAUUAAUUGGGGGGGCCGAUGUACGGUGGGCAGCUCCGAACAUUGGCAUGCUCGCAUUGAUUUGGGUAUUCCUUCAUCUGACCACGACUGUCUAGUCUUUAAUUCCAGUUAUUCGUCAUUAUCUUAUUCUUACUCCCAUCGUUUGUACAGGAUGGAUUGAUUUAUGUCGGUUCAGUUCUGUUAAUGACUACAUGUAGCUCUCUUCACGAUACACGAUCGUUACUCAAGUAGUGUUCAGCACUUCGACUUUAUUUGAUUCCAACCUACUAGUACCAUCUUAAAUAUGGAUGGAUGUCCGAUUUAGAGUGCUCUGAAAAUGCAAGAUAGAG